AUGACUAAGCGAGCGCUCCGCGAUAACAACUCGGCUCAAAUUCGCCGGUACAUGCUCUCCCGCGCCGCUACCCGCACCACGACCUCCCUGGUCACCCGCCGUGGCUUCCACGCCACCCGCGCCCGUCUCUCGUCCCCUUACCACUACCCCGAGGGUGCCUACUCUAACCUUCCCUUCAACCCCAAGAGCAAGUGGUUCGGCCUCGGCUACUGGAGCUUCCUGGCCACCGGCUUCUUCGCCCCCUUCGGCAUUGCCAUCUACCAGACCUACAAGCAGUAA